CUGACUGACGAAUCAAACAAUGAAAACGAAAAUCACGAGUGCCAACGAAUGAACAUGCUAAUUGAGGAUUCGUGUGCCUUGAGUUGUAGUAGUAGUAGUUCAGCAAUCAGUGUAUCAGAUACAACUACCUCAUCAUCCGUUUCUCCUGAAUGUAAUUUACUCUCAAUAGUAGAUGAAGCAACAGAUUUCUUACCGUCAAACUCAUGCUCCAUAUUGGAUUUGGAUGAUAAUGCUAAUCAGAUUGUUAUAAGAAAAAACAUAAAAGUGCCACAACGAUCUCUCAAAAGGUUAUUGUCCAAGAUGCGUAUUAGAAGCAAACACAAGGAACAUUACAUGAAGCAGACCUCUUCUUCAUCCACAUUCAGCAGUCUGAUGGCGGAAAAUGACUUACCGCGAACAGCCAGCCUAAGAAUCUCCUCGGCCUCUAGACGUCUGAAAUCAAACUUUUCUAUAAGAAGUUCCAAAACUAAUCAGAAGGAUGCAUUGAGCCCCAAGUGGCACAAUGGCCUCGCCAAAGCCAACUCAAUGCGAUCGCACUUGGUUCCAUCGCACUCUUUCACAGCCUCAGGGCGACCCUCAAUAGAUGCCAGUUUAUCCAUCAAUUCCAUGGAUUCGCAUAAUCUUCAUUCAUCAACAAGCUCAUCAUCAAGAGCCAACUCGUUCCGAAGCUUAGAACAUACGCUCAUGUCUUCUGAAGAUGAUAUCAAGCCAUUGCAAGUAUCCAGCCGUUUCAAACGCUUACGUCGAAGUUUGAGUACGAAAAUACGUAGAAGCGGACGAAAUGUCUUACGUCGUACAACUUCUUUUGUUGUUCGCAGAAAAGAUGAAGAAGCUCCUUUCUUAUCGAAGAAGAAGAAGUACUUCACUGAACGCAACAGAAAUAUCUUCCGUAAACUCUUACAUCCUAGUUAUCAGGAAAGGAAUGUUCAGUACCGUCGGCUGUUUGGUCAUUUAGUUUCUGAUACGGAUCUGUUUCUCAUCUCUUUCUCAUGUGCCUAUCAGCGUGAGAUUCUAUGCCAGGGUCGGAUGUAUAUUUCUCAAAGACACAUCUGCUUUCAUGCUAACAUCUUUGGCUGGGAGACAUGUUUUGCUGUACCAUUUGAUGAAAUCACAAAUAUGACAAAGGAAAAAGCUGCCUUAAUAUUUCCCAAUUCCAUCCAGUUUGAAACGAAGGGUGGAGAAAAACAUUUCUUCGCUUCAUUCGGAAAUCGGGAAAAGACUGUCACAGCUUUGAGUAUGGUUCUAGAGAGGAGGGAGAAGGAUCAGGAUAUUGCACCGGAAGAAGUCUGGGAACGCCUGAAUAGUGACAAACGCUAUCGAGGCAGCAAGUCGAACAUUUCAACCCCAGCUUCGCCCAUGACCACUACUAGCUCCCCCAUACCUCCUUUUGUUAGUUCACAGCCGACUUCUCCUGUUCGGGAAGUAGAAGCCCCUGUUCUCGACGAAGAGGAAGUUAAUUGUCUGUGUGAUGGGCAUUACGGAAAAGUACUUCUUGAUCAGGCAUUCCCACUAUCAGUUCUUGAAUUACGAGAGCUUGUCUUCAACAACAGCGAUUGGUUUUCUCAGUUCAACAAAGUUCUUAAAAACAGUGAUUACCACUCUUCUGAUUGGGCUGUGGAUAAGGAUGGCCAGUUGAACCGCACUUGUACCUAUACAAUGGCUCUGAAUCAUGCUAUGGCACCAAAGAGCUGUAUUGUAAAUGAAAACCAAAUUAUUCGCAAUUUAAAUGGCUCCGACGCAUCGCAAGGAUUUGUAGUUAACAAAGAAACUCAGAACUCAGGAGUACCAUAUGCUGAGAACUUCACUGUUCGGUGUACUUAUUGUGUGAUGAGAGUCAGUAAGACUUCUUCUCGCCUCUUGAUACAUGGUGGAAUCUUUUAUAUCAAAAAUAUAUGGGCAUUAGUCAAAGGAUACAUUGAGAAGACGGCUUAUCAAGGAUUGGAAGACCAUUACGCUAUGUUGAAGAAAAUGCUUGGAGAAGAAUGUCAGAGACGUCUUAGUGAAGGACCGAAUACAAACACAGUGGAAGAUUCGUCUGAGAAUGAAAGCCUUUCAUCGUCAGUUGAAGAUCCAACUACCGAUUCACCAACGAAGCAAAGAUUCAUGAACUCCGUGGACAAGCCUCACAAAAAUGAAUAUACACAUGUUCCAAAAGACAUUCUAGAGAAUACUCGACCUGUUGUUAAAGAUUCUGUGAUCACAUUAGAUUAUACCUGGCAUAUUAGGAUUAUUAUUGGAUUAUUAGCUGGCCUUGUUUUCAUACAGCUUCUCGUUCUUGUUCGAAUGAAUACCAUCGGAACGGAAUACUCUGAUUUGAGAUUGGAAAUGUCAAAGAGCCAUCCAACGUCGAUGGAAAGAAUGGCAAGCUCACCUUCUGAGGCAUCUUCAAACGUCAUUGAAUCGUUAGUGGAUACUGUCAAUCGACUAACUGCAGAUGUUCAAAGAUUGAAAGAACGUCAAGAAUUAUAG